AUGUCUGCUGAUCCUCCCGUACCUGCCACUCCUCCAACGUCCACCGCUGCUCCAACUCCAGAACCAGAGCCGCCGUCCUUACGCCGCCGCUUCAAUCUCCAUCACAGAGCCGUGCAAGCACUCCAUCUGGCCAAGCCUUCCGACGUCGUCACGAUUCCACAGGUGCUCCGGCAACGUCUAAAACCAAGGGCACUGCUGGAAGAUGUGAGUCCCGAUUCCACAUGUUCUCCGCCGACGUCUGCCAUGUGCCACCUCGCUGCCGGAAGACGUGAGUCCCGAUUCGCCGCCGUCCAACUCACCAUGUCCGACGUUGUCCUCCGCCUCGAAGUCGCCUCUGCUCCGCCUCCUGUGGAAGACGAUGCGAGAGCGGCGCCGCCGCAUAGGAUCUCGAUGAGGCGAAUGGCUAACGGCGACUGGAUCUGA